AUGAAUAGAACAGUAUAUGACUACCAACGUGGCAAUUUUGAUGCUUUAAGAUCAUCACUCAAAUCUGAGAAUCUGUCCAACUUAAGACAAAGAUUGAAAAAAUCUCCCAGUGACUAUCUCCGCCACAAGUUUAAAACUCUCAGAGCCACGAUCAAGCUUAUGAUAAAAAUCAGCCGAUCCAGCUACAUUUCCUCUCUCUGCACAAACAUCCAAACCAAUUCCAAAUGUCUCUGGUCACUAUUUAAACUAAAAGGUGCAACACGUUCUGUCCCGGAAAAAAUUUCAAUAAAAACAAGUGUCGACAAUGUUCGUGAAUAUGCCGAGAAUCUUAGGGACAUUGCAACACUUUUCAACCGCUACUUUGUAUCAAUCUUCUCGACUAUUUUUAAUGACAUUAUUUUGUCGGAAGGAACAGUGCACUCAGUUUUAAGAAAUCUUGAUAACAACAAAGCACAUGGUCCAGAUGCAAUCCUGGUAAGAUUACUUACCGAAACUGCAUACGAAAUCGCUCCCUCUCUAUGCCUCCUGUUUAACAAGUCCUUAAAAAGUGGAAUAGUACCUUCAGAAUCAAAACUUGUCAAUGUUGUACCCAUCCACAAAAAGGGGAUAAAGAUCAUGUAG